AUGACAUCACAAUUCCACACACCUCUGUUACAUCACCGGUAUGGAAUGAUCUGGGCGUUUGGGUGGAACGGCUGUCACUCAGCCACAUGGCCACACCUCCUGUGGAUGCUAUGGGUGUGGCUCGGUCCCGGGUCGUGGGCUCACCAGGGAACCCAGCCCCACUCCAUCAAGAUCGAGGGUGACAUCACCCUGGGGGGGCUGUUCCCCGUGCACUCCAAGGGGCCCCCUGGCAUCCCGUGCGGAGAGAUCAAGAAGGAGAAAGGGAUCCACCGCAUGGAGGCCAUGCUGUACGCCCUGGACCAGAUUAACAGUGACCCCGACGUGCUGCCCAACAUCACGCUGGGGGCGCGCAUCCUCGACACCUGCUCGCGGGACACCUACGCCCUGGAGCAGUCCCUCACCUUCGUGCAGGCCCUCAUCCAGAAGGACACCUCGGACAUACGCUGCUCUAACGGGGAGCCGCCCAUCAUACGCAAGCCGGAGCGCGUGGUGGGCGUCAUCGGGGCAUCGGCCAGCUCCGUGUCCAUCAUGGUCGCCAACGUCCUGAGGCUCUUUGCGAUCCCUCAGAUUAGCUACGCCUCCACAGCCCCGGAGCUGAGCGACAACAACCGCUACGACUUUUUCUCCCGUGUGGUCCCGCCCGACUCCUACCAGGCCCAGGCCAUGGUGGACAUCGUCAAGGCGAUGGGGUGGAACUAUGUGUCCACCCUGGCCUCUGAGGGAAACUACGGAGAGAGUGGAGUCGAUGCCUUCAUCCAGAUCUCCAGAGAGGCAGGUGGUCUGUGCAUUGCGCAAUCUCUGAAGAUCCCCAGAGAGCCAAAACCUGGGGAGUUCGACAAGAUCAUCAAAAGGCUGAUGGAGACCUCAAACGCUCGGGGCGUCAUUAUCUUCGCUAACGAAGACGACAUCAAACGGGUCCUAGAGGCAGCAAAGAAGGCCAACCUGACAGGUCACUUCCUGUUUGUGGGCUCUGACAGCUGGGGUGCCAAGAGCUCCCCCAUUUUAGACCAAGAGGACGUUGCCGAGGGGGCCGUCACCAUCCUGCCCAAAAGGGCCUCCAUUGAGGGGUUUGACCAGUACUUCACCACAAGAUCUCUGGAGAACAACCGCAGAAACAUCUGGUUUGCGGAAUUCUGGGAAGAUGAUUUCAGGUGCAAACUGACAAGGCCAGGUAUCAAACUGGACAGCGAUAAGAAAAAAUGUACAGGUGAGGAGAGGAUCAGCCGUGACUCUCAGUAUGAGCAGGAAGGGAAGGUGCAGUUUGUGAUUGAUGCGGUCUAUGCCAUGGCCCACGCCCUGCACAACAUGCACAUGGACCUGUGCCCGGGAUCCAUGGGGGUCUGCGACAAGAUGGACCCUGUGGAGGGCCGCAUGCUGCUCAACUACAUCCGCGCCGUCAACUUCAACGGCAGUGCAGGGACUGGUGUCCUAUUCAAUGAGAACGGAGACGCUCCGGGACGCUACGAUAUCUUCCAGUACCAGCUGUCCAACACCACCAUGCCGGGCUACAGGGUCAUCGGCCAGUGGACCAACCACCUGCGACUCAAUGUGGAGGAGAUGCAGUGGUCGGGCGGGGACCGGCAGAUCCCGGACUCGGUCUGCAGCUUCCCCUGCAAUCCGGGCGAGAGGAAGAAGAUGGUGAAGGGCGUGCCAUGCUGCUGGCACUGCGAGCUGUGCGACGGCUACCAGUACCAGAUGGACGAGUUCAACUGCGAGAUGUGCCCCUUCGACAUGCGUCCCACCGAGAAUCGCACGGGCUGCCGGCCCACGCCCAUCAUCAAGCUGGAGUGGAGCUCGCCCUGGGCCGUCAUCCCCGUCUUCAUCGCCGUGGUGGGCAUCCUGGCCACCUCCUCGGUGGUCAUCACCUUCAUCCGCUUCAACGACACGCCCAUCGUGCGGGCUUCGGGCCGGGAGCUCAGCUACGUGCUGCUGACGGGCAUCUUCCUCAUAUACCUCAUCACGUUCCUGAUGAUCGCCGAGCCGGGCCCCGUGGUGUGCGCCUUCCGCCGGCUGCUGCUGGGGCUGGGCAUGUGCAUCAGCUACUCCGCCAUGCUCACCAAGACCAACCGCAUCUACCGCAUCUUCGAGCAGGGCAAGAAGUCCGUCACGCCGCCCAAGUUCAUCAGUCCCACCUCGCAGCUUGUCAUCACCUUCAUCCUCAUCUCCGUGCAGAUUCUGGGGGUGUUCAUCUGGUUUGGCGUGGUUCCACCGCACACCAUCAUCGACUACGAGGAGCUGAGACCCCCGAACCCGGAGCUGGCACGGGGGAUCCUCAAGUGCGACAUGUCGGACUUGUCGCUUAUCUCCUGCCUGAGCUACAGUAUCGUGCUGAUGGUCACCUGCACCGUCUAUGCCAUCAAGAGCCGGGGCGUGCCCGAGACCUUCAACGAGGCCAAGCCCAUCGGCUUCACCAUGUACACCACCUGCAUCGUCUGGCUGGCCUUCGUCCCCAUCUUCUUCGGCACGGCGCAGUCGACGGAGAAGAUGUACAUCCAGACGACCACUCUGACUGUGUCCAUGAGCCUGAGUGCCUCGGUGUCGCUGGGGAUGCUCUACAUGCCCAAGGUGUACGUCAUCAUCUUCCACCCCGAGCAGAAUGUGCAGAAACGCAAGCGCAGCUUCAAGGCCGUGGUGCAGGCCGCCACCAUGUCCACGCGGCUGUCCCAGAAGUCCAACGACAAGCAGAACGGCGAGACCAAAUUCGAACCGGACAGGACGCAGUAGGCAACGGCACGGGUAACCCUUUGAUUGGCCCAGUCCAACCACAGUAGUGUUGACGAACGAUAGCUGAAGUCCCAGGCAGGCGGAUGGUUCAUGUCUGGAGAAGAAGAGGAGAGGCCUGUUUUUCAUGCAAUCACACUGACUACAACUUAAAAAAAAUAAAAAUAAAAAAAAAAUAUGAAAAACCUGGGAAGUAAAUGGAAUGGACCUGGAAUGAAGACAUUUUACAUGAUUAAUAGAAACCAUAAAGAAAAGAUGACAAGAAAAUGUCUCUGUUCCCUAAACUUGAAAUGCUCUAUAUGAUCCAAACGUAAGUAUGAGGGAGGUGAAACAUUCCGUCUCAAAUGUGAAGGCUAAAUGUAUAAUGAUAGAACACA